GUGCUAACGACACCACUGCCACCCGCUGUCAUUAGGCUGUUGUUGAAAACCAGCCAACGCAUUAACGUUAGCCUGGAAGUGUUAGCUUUGUUUAUUCUAGGAACAUGGUUGUUGACCUGGUUGGCGGCUGAGCCUCUAAUGGCAUAACGCUAUGGCGUUACUGAUAAGUCUAGUGAGCAGGUUAGCAGCACGCUAGCGGGCCGUUGUCAGCCAGGACCCAGAAAAAGCAGCAUCAUCAUCAAUGGUGUGUCUACAUCCCGGAGCCGACACAUUGUCCUGUGUACGCUCAAUGAACCACCUCCUCAGCGCUCAUCACAGCUGCACAUGUAUGGCGUUUGCGAGGCUCGGAGGGGAAUUUUGCCAAGCCCAGCACCUGCUGCUUAUCGUGGACAAGUGAAGAGGAGAGACACCAGCUAGGCGCAAACACUGCCAUUGACGUGCACAGGUCCUUACUGCCAUCCUGUUCAAUCCAUAUGAAGACAAGCCAACCGUCAGCCUGUCACCUGUCCCGGGGAGUGGGAGAGGCUUUGGGUUUAACCCGGGAGUUUCCUCACAGCUCUUCUCCUUUUCUGCUUCUCCUUUCUUCUUCUACCCUGAUUCGGCCAAGACUUUUCUGAAUGGGCUAGCCGAUUUGAAAGAGAGAAAGGAAGGACAGAUCUAUUUUUUCUGUCUGCAUUUUUUUUUUUUUUUCCUUCUGGACUUUAGUUCUCUAAUCCGGUCUGCUAGAGUUUAAUAUUUAUUUUUAACCAAGCCAAUUUUAGUUAUUUCUUCAUUGCCAAGAAAAGUUUAUUUCUAUCCCAGGAAAUUAGUCUUGUCUUUUAUUUUUUAUUUUAAUUUAUACCACUUUGUCGUCAACAAAAUCGAGUAGUUACAGUUUUUUGCCCAUAAGUCAUACGGAUGCAUUAGUUAGUGAAAUUAUUGGCAAAGUGGUUUUGCAUUUUUGACAGUUUUUCUUUUAUUGAAAACAUAAUUUUAUUUGCUUCUAAAAAUGAACCGACCGGCUCCAGUGGAGAUCUCUUAUGACUGCCUGAGAUUUCUCAUUACGCACAACCCCACCAAUGCACAACUCGGAAGGUUUAUAGAGGAUCUGAAGGCAUACGGAGUAAACACCCUGGUGAGAGUGUGUGCUGCCACGUACGACAAGACACCGGUGGAGCAAGAAAGUAUCCAAGUCCUGGAUUGGCCAUUUGACGAUGGCUCCGCCCCCCCAGAACAGGUGGUUGAUGAUUGGUUGAACCUCCUGCAGACAAAGUUUCGGGAGGAGCCGGGUAGCUGUGUGGCUGUGCACUGCGUUGCUGGAUUAGGAAGAGCUCCCGUGUUGGUGGCCCUGGCUCUAAUCGAGUGUGGGAUGGAAUAUGAAGACGCCGUGCAUUUCAUAAGACUGAAGCGCCGUGGGGCGUUCAACUCCAAGCAGCUGCUGUACCUGGAGAGCUACAAACCUAAACUGUGUCUGCGCUCCAAAGACGCCAACGGACAGAGCUGCUCUAUACAGUAGGAAUCUACGGCCCCGCGCAUCGUCACCGCAGCGCCGCAGGAGACGCUCACCUGUUUGAUGUUCAAUGGGAAGUUGAUGUUUUUGGGUGAAUGUUUGAUAACAUCAAUGUCCGUGAAAUCCAAUCAAAGUGCUUCAAGUAUUUACAAAAAUUUAAGGGACAUGUUGUCAAAUUUCUGAAGAUCUUUUAAAAACCUACGCAGACAACUUUACAUAAAAAAUGAGCCUAAAAAAAAAGAGGUUUUAAACGUUUUUAUUUCUGCUCCUCGGUCUGUGACCUCACCGUAAUAUGUAGCGAAACCCCAACAAAUAUUUAGCCCGUUAAAGCAAGACCCCACACACAAUUCAUUUUAACUGUCCGCAUCAAUGUUAAGAAGUUGAAAACACUAUUACAGAUGCAGCUUCGAUAAAUGCCGUUGAUGUUAAAGGAAAACUUCACCCCCAAAAUGACCGUUUGUUUAUCAGCUACUCGACCUCAGUUUGUCUCUCGGCCUCCACAGUGAACCAAGAGUCACGAAGCACAGGAUGUUCUGGAUGUCUUUAGGCGAAUGGGGGAAGCGUUUAACCGCAGCGAAAACUACAUCUAAACACAACUCAUCGACGCUGUUUAUGCGGAACAUGAGACUUUGGCUUCACUGCACAGGUUGUGAGAGUUUAACGGAUGUUUCGAUGUAGUUUUGCUGUUUUUAAAUGCACCCCCCCCCCCCCCCUCACCGCAAUUCAUCAAGAGCUUUCUCUGAUUGUGGAUUCUUCGUUCACCGUGGAGGCAUGCGAGAAAAAAAGUUUUCUUCCAAGAAUUCAAGGUAACACGGGUGAGUGAUAGAUGUAUAAAUCAAAAAGUUAUUUCAGUGGCGAAGUAUUCCUUGUAAUAGACUUUUGAUUUAAAUUGACUUUGACGUUGGGAUCAGACGUCGUAGAACAUUUAGUGUCAGUAGUCGACAGUAGAUUCAUUCUUGUGCUCUGCAGCUUGAUAUUCCGACACUACAAACUGAAUAAAUUACCUGCUGGUUUUUAUUGCACAUCAUUUGAUUUUGUUUAUUCCAAUUAUCUCCUCUCGGACCAAAUCCAUGUCCCGCACCCGAAAGGUGACACAGGUGAUGAAGAACUCUGACGAGUUAGAAAGCAUUGACUAUUAAAGAAAUUAGCGAGUUCUACAUGUGACGUAUGCUGUAUUAAACAAACACUACUAUCUACCUGUCUGCUUUAUGUCCCAUGUCAGAGUCACCGGCAGUCUGCUUCUCUAGAAACACUUGUGUUGGCUGUAAAUGUUUGACACUGUCCUUCAGAAUGUCACCAAGGCAAGAGGGUCAGCUGGUGAAGGUAUUCAACACUUUUUGAAGUUUUGGUAGAUUGUCCUGUUGGCAGUAAAGAACUACUGACAUGUCGUCGGUAGUUCAUUGACCCCAGUGCUCCACACCUCAACACGGAACAGCUGACUGUACAAACGGGACAAUCUGCUGAAUACUUUCUGGAUUCCUUACACCGACCUCCACAGGACUGCGGAGCCAACAUGGCUGCCACUGAAGCCUUUGGUUCUGGUCCAUCUCCGGCUCUGUACCGACUCAGCUCACCGGUCAGCUGCUGCGCUUGUAAGAUGCUGUUGGGUCCUUGUGAUGUUAUUAUUGCUCUAUAGCUUUUCUUUCCCUGUACCGUUUUAACUAUUUGUACUUGUCAUUUAUUUAUUGAUUCCACGGUGUUUUGUUUUUUUGUGUGAAAUGUCUGUCUGCUAGAAAGAAACCUAAUCUAGUAGUCCUGUUGGAAAAUUAAAGUGUUUAGUAAUGUAACUGUUGCUUGUUGCUUGUUGCGGAGCAUAUUUCAUCUCUCUAGUUUUAUUAGAUGUGUCUGUCUGUGAUGUUUGUCAUACAUCAUUUUAUUUUCAACCAUAUUUUGGUCAAAUUCUCGUAAACAAUUUCCGAAUUAAAAGCCCCUUCAAAACAA